CCCCUCAUGUCUUUAACGGUGGUCCUUUUGUUUCGGGAGGACUGUUGAACUAUGCGGACGGUGUUUAUAAUAGCUCUCUGCGUGGGCAUUGCUCUGGCAGGACAGAGCAAGAUUCGAGAGGCGAGGAAGAAAAGAGAGUUUACCCUGUCCUUUUCACAAGGGGGUUCAGCCACGUGCCAAGGCGACAUACUCAUCAACUGUGCAAGCUAUACGAAGUCCGUGUGCAGUAUUCCUGACUACUCCAAAUGGGUAGCCGAGAACUGCUGCGCCUACUGUGGUGUAGGAGGAGUCAGUGGUGGAGGCAUGCUCCCAGCUCCCCAAACCACAUCAGGAUUCAAUCUGGUUUUUGCCACUAAUGCACCGCAAAUGGGAGGUGGAGGAAAUUGUCAGGACGCUAUCCCAAACUGCGCCUCCUACACAUCCAACGUCUGCAAGAAUCCUGAUUACUAUAAAUGGGUCCACGACAACUGUGCUCUCUUCUGUAACCAGUGUGGUGCUGGGUAUACCAACCAUCUAGUUCCAGUUCCAGCUCCUAACCUUCCUAACACUUGCCAGGACACACUCCCCAACUGCGCCUCAUACGCCGCCGAUGUGUGUACGAGUUCCACUUACGCACAGUGGGCCAAGGAUAACUGCGCAAAUUUCUGUCACCUUUGUGGUUCCACAGGAACAAUGGGAUCAACAGCUGGACCCAUGCCCAUCGGUAUGAUGCCUACAAGCGGAACAAUGCCAGUGAGUGGAGGCAUGACUGGAGGCUGCACGGACGUUUCGUCGAACUGUGCCCAGCUAAAUUCCGCUACACACAUAUACACCGAUAGCGGCGCUCAGAUCUAUGCACAGCAGAACUGUGCUCGUACAUGCAACAUGUGCUCUGGCGGUUCACAACCGCAAAUGUCCACCUCUUCCUGUUCCGACAAAAUGCCAAACUGUGCAGCCUAUGGAGCCGGUGUGUGCUCUGAUCCAACGUAUUCUGCUUGGGUGUCCGAUAACUGCCAAGCGUUCUGUCACAAAUGCUGUAAGUGAACAUACAGUCUAUU